AUGUCAAGUUUUAAAAGGCAGUUAGUUAUAUUGCUUAAAAAGAAUUAUUUAAUCAAAGGAAAAUCAAAAAUCAAAUUUUUUAUACAAACUUUUACAGCACCCAUUCUUGUAUUGGAUUUAACAUUAAUUAUAACACCUGAUUAUAAAGAAUAUCCAGCCAGUGGAUUUACCGAGGAAAUUAGAAAAACACACAAAUUAUUAAUAGGAGCCAAAGAUGGAUUAUCAGAGCAACAAUAUAAUAUUUUUUUAAAAUUAAAAGAACAGAUUCGAUUUAGAAAACCUAAAUUAUCAGAUGAACAAAUAAACAACUAUUUCGAAUUUUUUAAUAAAAGUAAAGAUAUGGAUAACUAUUUCCAUGAUCCAGAUAACUAUCGUGGUGUUUUGGGAGGUGUUUGGUUUGAACACACUAAUGACCCAAAGAUUGUAAAAUAUAGUGUUAGAAUAGAUUCAGACUAUGUAAAUAAUAACGAAGUUCAGUACCAAGAAAGAAAAGAUUCUCAAAUUUACCUUAGACAUUCAUUUACCCAAAUCCAGAAUGGUGUGGAUCAAGCAAUUCUGAUGGCAAGUGGAAAAGAUUUACCUAUUUAUGUUUCUGCCCAAAGGUUUCCAAACCCUUACCAAAAACUAUAUCAAACCUGGACAGAUGGUAGAAAAAUGCUUUUUAAAAAUACAGCAGGUGUAUUUAUUAGUGCAGCAUUGUUUUCAGGGUUAUAUAGUUCAGUAAUCACUAUGGUUUUAGAAAAAGAGAACAAGAUUUUAGAAGGAAUGAAAAUGAUGGGAUUAAAGCUUUUUUCAUAUCAUCUCAGUAAUUUUAUAACAUCAUUUUAUUCAAUUUUACCAUCAAUAUUUUUAGUUACAGGUGCUCUUUCAAUUGCGCAGUUAAUAUAUUCAACACCAUUUUAUAUUUUGGCAAUUACGAUCGUACUAUAUGCCAUAACAUUAAUUUUAUUAUCAUUUAUUCUUUGCAAGUUUUUAAACAAAUCAAAAUAUGCUGGUUUACUUUGUUUUGGUAUAGUUUUGGUAUUAUCUGGUGUCGGGUGCAUAAUAAAUAAUUUGGAUAUAAAUGUAGGCAUCAAGGCGGUUUUAUGUAUAAUAUCUCCAAUGGGUAUCACAAUUUCAUUUUAUUCAAUGGUUUCAAAAGAUUUACAAUUAGCAAAAGCUGAACAUCCAAAAUGGGAUUAUAUUUUAUCAGAAAAUUAUGUUAUUUUAGUUUUCGUUCUCGAUAUUUUAUUAUAUUGUUUUAUAAUUUGGUAUUUAGAUAAUAUUAUAUCUGGGGAAUAUGGCACAUCUAAACCAUGGUACUUUUUUUUAACAAAAGAUUAUUGGUUAAAAAAUUCAAAGACAAUCGAUUAUGAAUCCACACUUGGUAACAAUGGUAAUCAAGAUAUAGAAGAAUACCCAACUGAUAAAGAUCCAAGUAUAUGUAUCCGAAAUUUAAGAAAAGAGUUCAAAACUGGUGAUGGUCUCAGAGUUGCCGUGGAUAAUUUAUCUUUAAAUAUGUAUCAAGAUGAAAUUCAUUCUUUUUUAGGUCAAAAUGGAAGUGGAAAGUCAACAACAAUAGGAAUGCUUACAGGUUUGAUCCCACCAACAAGUGGUGGAGCAUUGGUUAAUGGCUAUGAUAUUCACACAAAGAUCGAUGAAAUUAGAAAGAGUUUUGGUAUAGUUUUACAAACAGAUAUCCUAUAUGAUAGUCUAACAGUAAUGGAGCACUUGGAAAUAUUUGCAGCAAUUAAAGGUGUUACCGAUAAACAUUUGGCAAAGAGCGAGGCCAGAAGACUUGCUUGUGAACUGGGUUUAGAAUCAAAAUUAGAUUCACCUGUAUCAUCUUUAUCGGGAGGUCAAAAAAGAAAACUUUGCCUAUCAAUAGCUUUCAUUGGUAAAUCAAGUAUUAUUUUAUUGGAUGAACCAACUAGUGGUAUGGAUCCUUUAAGUCGUCGUCAAGUUUGGGAUUUUUUAAUUAAUAAUAAAAGAGGGAAAACAAUUAUUUUUACAACUCACUAUAUGGAUGAAGCCGAAAUAGGUGACAGAAUAUCAAUUAUAUCAUUUGGUAAAUUAAGAUGCGAAGGUACAAGUUUAUUUUUAAAAACUAGAUUCGGUGUUGGUUAUUUAUUAACAUUGACUAAAAAGUCAAUCGAAUGCAAAACCAGUUCAGUAGUAUCAAUGAUUCAAUCAUAUAUACCCGAUGCAAAAGUAUUAUCCGACGCUGGAUCAGAAUUAAGUUUAAGAAUACCGAAAGAAAAUGUAUCUUCACCUAAAUUUCCUAAGUUCUUUGACGAAUUAGAAGCUAGAAAAGAUAGUUUGUUAAUUUCAAGUUAUGGCUUUUCAGUUACUACUCUUGAAGAGGUAUUUCUAAAGAUAGGUGAAGAAGUAACUGGGAAUCAAACAUUUAACGAUGCUUUUGUAAAAAAAGCAUUACUUACAAAUAGUCGUGGUAUCAAAAGUGGCCAGCAAUUAAAAGCAAUUUUUAUAAAAAGAUUACAAACAUCCAAAAAAGAUGUAAAGUCACUUGUUUUAUCAAUUGUUAUACCGUUGGUUGUUUUAUCGGUCGGGCUUCUUCUUUAUAAAACAAUGGGAACAAUAGAGAUGUACAACACUGUAACCACACCAUUAGUUUUUUCAAUUGACAGACUGGGUGAAAAGUUUGAUAUACCAUUUUCAAUUAAAGACGACGACUUAAUUCAAUCCAAUGCAACAUUUGGAUUUCCAAUCAGGGCUAGCUUUAUAGAAAGGGCAAAAUUUAAACAAUAUCUACACGAUAGUUUCGAAGAUAAACCAGGUGCAUUAUAUUUCCCAGGGUAUAAACAAAUAGAGGGAGUCGAGUUCUUUCACUAUAAAGUCUAUUAUAAUAGAAAUUAUUUACAUACUUUACCAAUCUAUAUAAACUAUGUCAAUAAUGCAAUUGCAAAUCGUUUAGCAAAUGUUCAAAUCAUAACUGAAAGUAGGCCAUUCGAGCAUAUAAAAAGCCAGUUUGAAAAAGCCACCGCUGACACCAAUUUUGCAGCAACUAUAUUCUUUAUCGUAUUUACAUUGGCUGCAUUUUGUCUUAUUGCUUCAUCAGCAGGCGGUAGUAUAACUCAAGAACGUUCAUCAAAAACCAAGCGUUUACUCUAUAUAUCCGGUUUAAAGAAGCCUGUUUAUUGGAUUUCAAAUUUACUAUUCGAUUAUACCCUGUCUUUUUUAAUUGCUGCUUUUUUCACUGUGGUCAUAGUAUUCAUAGAUGAUAGGUUCCAAAAGAAUUUUUCAUUAUACAUGUCUGGUAUUUCUCUUUAUAUAGUUUCAAUUAUCCCACUGGCUUAUUUACUAUCAUACAAGUUUAAAACUCAUGGCAUUGCUACAGGUUUAAUAUUCGCAAUUGUUUUUGGCAUUGGUCUUAUAAUGAUGGUUAUCAGUUUAGUGUUAAGGGUCUGGGCAAUUAAAGACAAUAAUUUGGAAUUUGAAUCAAUGACAGAUAUAAUAGAGAUGGUUUUUUAUUCACUUUCACCAACAUUCUGCUUUGCAAAGGUUUUAAUUAUUAUUACCAAUUUUCCAGGUAUAACAAAAGUUGGAACAAAUUAUAUAGAUAAUUAUUGGAGUCUAUAUUAUGGUUUUAGACCAAUAGUAGCUCUAGCAUCUCAUUCAAUUAUUUGGUUGGUAUGGAUACUUGUAUUAGAUAAAAUUCCCGAAAUCAAAGGCAAACUAUACUUUGAUAGAGAUAUUAGACCUCCAGUACCACCACAAAAUGAAGAUUCAGAUGUUGCUUAUGAAAGAAAAAGAGUAUUUUUACCAGAAACACAAAAUGACCCAAUUAUAAUCAAUGGUCUUCAUAAAACAUUCCCAUCUAAAAGUGGGAAUAAAAUUGCAGUAUUUAAUACAUCGUUAUCAAUUCCUCAAGGUCAAACAUUUGGAUUGUUGGGACUUAAUGGUGCAGGAAAAUCCACAACCCUUUCAAUUUUAACAGGUGAUAUUCAGCCAACAUGCGGUCAAAUUAAAAUAAAUGGUUAUGAUUUAAAGAGCGAAAGAAGAAGUGCAUUAAGAUCAAUUGGUAUGAUGCCACAAUUUGAUGAAUCUUUAGUAGGAUUAUUAUCGGCAAAAGAACAAUUGACACUUUACUGUAGAAUUAAAGGUGUAGAGGAAUGUCAAAUUAAGGACACAGUUGAAGCUUUUAUUCAAAUGAUGCGUUUAACUGAUAUUUCAAAUUCAAAUGUUUCAACUUACUCUGGGGGUAAUAAAAGAAAAGUAUCUCUUUCAAUUGCUUGCAUAGGCAACCCAUCAUUGGUAUUAUUAGACGAAGUAUCAUGUGGUGUAGACCCGCUCACUCGUAGAUUUAUGUGGAGUGUUGUAACAGAAUUAAAGAAAAAUAAAGUCAUUCUCUUAACAUCACAUAGCAUGUUUGAAUGCGAAAAUCUCUGCGAUAAUGUUACAGUGAUGAAAAAUGGGAAACUUAUUUGUCUUGGAUCAAUCCAGCAUGUCAAAAAUAAAUAUGGAGAUGGUUAUUCACUCGAUGUUAAAUUUAAAAGAGAAUUCUCAGAUACAGGUAUCGAACAAGUUUUAAACCAUUUCAAAAACUCUUCAUUAAUAGAUAGCCAUGAUUUAAUAGCAUCAUUUGAAUUACCUAGAAACCUAAAAAUCUCAAAAAUAUUCCGUAUCCUCCAAAAUGAAUUAAAGCAAAUAUUAGAAGACUAUUCAGUUUCUCAAACAUCUUUAGAACAAGUAUUUUUAAAAUUAACAAAUCCAAGAUUUAAUAUCAAUAAUAAUUAA